UUGUUGUUUUUGCACGGACAUGGAUGGGAUGAAAACAGCACAGCCACUUAGCUAGCUAAUGUAUUUGUAUUCUUUAAAUAUGUCUAAAAUGCAGUUGUUGAGGGUUUUUCUCAACGAUAGAUUAACAGCUGCUGCUGAUGAGAUAUUUGGGGUCGUUGAAAAAAUGAUAGCAGAGUAUCAGGAGGAAGUUGUCCGUCUACAGAGGAUGCUCGACAUUGUUCUUCAACCUGAGAUACCGUUAAACCUACACAGAGCAGACUUCCAGCAGCUCUCUGUCUCUGAAGCGGAGAUCCCCCCAGAGCAGCAGCACUAUGAGCAGGAGUGGAGCCCCAGUCUGGGGCAGGAGGACCCAGAAACCAUACAAUUUAAAGAUGAAGAGGAGGAACUCCGGACCAGUCAGGAGGAAGAGCAGAUUCAACGGAUUGAGACUGUUACUAAAGAUUACAUAUUCACUCCUGCCUGUGUAAAAAGUGACUGUGUGGAGUACCCAACUCGGCUCUCAAAUCAAGCCCAAAAGGAAGGAAACAAAGAGAGAGACAUUCUACCCAGUACUAUAACUGAACAGAUCAAAACAGAACCUGAUGGAGAGGACUAUAGGGAAUUAGAACCAACCAGUGUCUCUCAGCCCCUCUCUACAGGAAAUCCAGUCUGUUCUGCAGUUCAAAUUGGUAUGGAGAAUAAAAUACUUCCAUCAGGUUUUAAGCAAGUCAAAUCAAAGAGAACAGAUAUGGUAAAAGGACAAAGGUCCCGUAUCAACACUAAGGGUAAGAAAUCUACUCAGUUGUCCCUCCUGAAAUCACCCAGUCAAGGUCAUGCUACUCCUUGUUGUAAGGUGUGCGGUAAGUAUUUUCAUUACAUGGGCUCAUUGAUGAAACAUGUUCAAACUCAUACUAAGGAUAAAGAAACACUUUGUGGAGUGUGUGGAAAGCAUAUGGAGUCCACAGAAGGUAUGAAAGAGCACCUCCAAACUCACAUUGCAGCUAGGUUGUGUUGUCAUGUUUGUGGUAAGUGGUUCAGCAAGAACAGUAAGCUGACAGUGCACAUGAGGAGCCACACAGGGGAGAAACCUUUUUCCUGCCCUGUUUGUGGUACAUGCUUCAUGCAGACUGGAGAUCUGAAAAGACACAUGAGGACCCAUACUGGGGAGAAACCAUAUCUCUGUCCUGAUUGUGGAAAAGGAUUCAGCGUUGCCAGUAAUCUGUCAGUGCACAUAAAGAUUCACACAGGAGAAAAAGGAGAACCAGAUUCAGCACUGGCACCAAUCUGAAAGUGCACAUGAGGACUCACAGGGGAGAGACUCAUAGUAGAAAAUGCAUUUCCCAAUCAGGUACAUUAAAUAACAAUCAAAGACAUACCAAGGCACCACUGUAUAGGUGCAAUGAUUGCAGGAGUUCUCAAAAUGAUAGAACUCCUACAAAGUUACAUAAACAAUCAUGACAAAGGAGAAAACAUGAUGUCCUCCAUCUGUACAUAAAACAUGUUUUAGAGUUAAAUGUGUUGUUAAAUGUUGAAAUCUGCUACUUUAUAUCUUGUUUGAUGUUAAAGUAGUUUUCACAAUAACAGUUGAUUUUUGUUAGUCUCAGGAGCUGAAGGAAUCUUACCAUUUUUGUUAUUACCGAUGUUUGAUGCCUAUAUCCACUCUUUGAGGGGAAAAUAUUUGUAUCUAUUUUGUUUUCCAUGUUUUGACAAUUAAGAAAAUGUGUUGUAAUAUGUUCAUGUAGACCCAUUCAUAUGAAUGAAGCUUGAGAAAUGUGUUUUUCCAGAGAUUGUACAUUUUAUCUGCCUUUUGUAUAACAGAAUAAAUGUUGAUAACACA